CGUGAACCAUUCAAUAGUGGCUCUUGACUGUGCUUAUCCAAUGGUUCUAUAUACAGGAGGGCCCCAAAGGGAAUAAGAUCAGAGCAGGUAAAGUACAGUUGCCUGCUUCUUGCUUCCAAUCCUAAUCAGGUACCGAUUCAUGUCUCCCACUGGAAGCAAGUGUCGGGUGGGGCACUUCGGCAACCAAGACCGGCGGGAGAUGUGGCGGGACGGGGCCGGAUACUCCGGCAUCGAAACAGACCAAAUCCACCACGGCAUGAUCGGGCACCACCGGCCUGUCACCCGUACAGAGAUCAGCUCAUCCACGAUAUCCUUGUUUUCCUAAUGCAACAUGAGCAAGCAGAGCCAUAUCGAACGAACGGCUCAUGAGCCUCGCGACCCGUUGCUGCAUACCGUCAUUAUUUCCGACAUCACCCAAAUAACGCCAACCAUCCGCCUCUUUCGUCUUGAAAUCCCCCUGGGUGAGAUCAUUACAUUCCUUCCGGGCCAAUGGGUAGACCUCUACCCACCCCCGCAAGCCAAUGUUCCCGGACCAGGCGGCUUCACCAUCACCUCCUGUCCGACCCUAGCGUACAUCCCUUCUGCCUGCCCAACAAGUUGGGACCCCUCCUCGGGGCCUACCCAGCCAUACCGGUACAUAGAACUAGCCAUCCAAUUCUCACCGCAAAACCCGCCUGCAGCGUAUUUAUUCCUCCCCAGCCCCCAGCUCCUGCACACGCAUGUCCGAGUCCGCAUCGGUGGGAGCUUUGUCUUCCCUCCUCUUUCUUCUUACCUAGCCAGCAAUGUUGCUCCGGGCGCCUUACGCAAGCUCGUAUUUGUCGCGGGCGGGAUGGGCAUCAAUCCCCUCAUGAGCAUGCUCAGUUUCAUUGGCGAGCAGCAGCAGCAGCAGCCAGGAGAGAUGUGGAGAGGCAUUGAGGUGAGGGUUUUGUAUAGCGUCAAGGAUCCCCGCGGUUGUGGCGUCGACCACGUGAGGGAUAGUAAAGGGAUUCUCUUUCUGGACAGGAUUGUGGACUUAAUAAAGAGUGGGCGGAUCAGGGGUAGGUUGGAGCUGUUUCUUACCGGAGGAACAAGUGAUGGGCCGAGUGACGCAGACGGAGCUGAAAGGCAUAUGGUGAGGUGCAGUGGGGCUGUUGUGCCAUUCUCGAGGAGGCGCAUAAUGGUUCGAGAUGUGAAAAGGGCUGUAGGGGUGGAUAAGGAGGCUGCGCUGGUCUACAUUUGCGGUGUUCCGGCCAUGACGGAUGAGUUCGUGGAGGCACUAACAUCGCCUGGAGGAAUCGGGAUGGAGAAGAGCCGAGUUCUGUUUGAGAAGUGGUGGUGACUUCCCAGUUUAGGGUAGGAGGAGCGGAAAGUUGCGAGGGUGAUGGAAUUAUGGAGGAUGACAGUGGUUGAGGGUCUGGUAGCAGCGGGGAACAAACACGAAUAAAGUGCCAUGUAUUGGAAUUAGACAAGGAGACUAUGCCUCUUCAGCAGACCCAAGGACAUGGUUUUCCCAAGGGUGGUCGAACAAGUACAUAGCCUUUUUCCUACCUGCGCUACACAGACAGAGCGUCCAG